ACAGAUGCUUGUAUUAGAAGAAAGUUGCAUUAGAAGAGACUGCAAAGAGUGCUCUGUAAGGAGCAGGGAUAUUAGAACAGAAACAGGCUAAACUGAACACAUCUGUAAAAUAUCAACAGGGACUUUCAUGGAACCUUUGAGGUCUAGACAUUCCUAAAACGCUGAAAGGGUGUUCAAAAAUCCUAAUUUAGCUCAUCACCCAAAUUCUUCAGAUGCUAAAUCUCUCUAUAAUGAGCUAAUCCACACUUUCAGAGGCUCAAAAAUCCAGCUGUGGCUCACACGUAGGCACAGUGCCACUGGGGUGCAGAAGAUCAGAAUUAGAGAUCCAGAAAUGUAACAUUUUCAUAAUUCUAUAAGCUAAAAAUGGAGCUGUGAUGUCACUAUGAUCAGAAAGAUGUUUUGUUCUCUCACAGGAUGGAGAAGUCCGGGAAGAUCUUUGUCAGUGUCCUCCUGUUUGUCAUGUCUGUGGAAAUCUGCUUGGCUCAACACUGGUCUUACGGCCUGCAACCAGGAGGAAAAAGGAACGCCGAAAACCUGGUAGAAUCAUUUCAAGAGAUUGCAAAUGAAAUGGAAAAAUUAGGGGAAGUGCAGGAGACUGAAUGCCCAGGCUCGUAUCAGCAUUCCAGGUUCAGUGAUCUGAAGGAAGCCAUGGAAAGUCUGAUCGAAGGAGAAAGGAGAAACUAGACGAAAGAAGAUUUAAACCCACAAAGCCGAAUGGAACAAUGGACCCAGAAUAAAAUUUCAAAGCUAUGUUAAAAUCAAUUCCUCUUCAAAUGGCCUUUGCUUAGAUUGCAUUAUGUGAAUAAAUGCUCUGAAGUUGCA